ACAUCGGAAAUGCAUUUCCCUGCAUACGGGCGCGGGAACGUUCCCUCACCCACCUACUAUAACCACCUAAGCCCUGCCAAGAGAGACGGAACGGUGAACUACUCAACGCUUCCAUGACACUACAUGGUCUUACUUCAGCCCUGUCGCAAUCACCAACUGACUGCUCGUACUAAAUAACCAUGGCACAAAAACCGCUGAAAAUCGCCGUCGUCCCCGGUGACGGGAUCGGCGUAGAAGUAAUGCCCUGGGGCGUGCAAUGUCUGAAAGAAAUCAGCGAACUCUACAACAUCCCGCUCCACUUCGAAGAGUUCGACUUCGCCAGCGUGCCAUACUACAAGAAGCACGGGGACAUGCUCCCUGCGGACUGGAAGACCACGCUCUCCCAGUUCGACGCAAUCUACUUCGGGGCCGUAGGGAUGCCCGACGAGCUACCCGACGAAGUGACGCUCUGGGGCAGUCUUCUCAAAUUCCGCCGCGAGUUCGACCAGUACAUCAACCUGCGCCCGUGCCGUCUGAUCGCGGGCGUGAAGUCGCCCCUCGCGGACCGGAAGCCAGGGGACAUCGACUUCUGGAUCGUGCGCGAGAACACGGAGGGCGAGUACAGCCAGAUCGGGGGCAAGAUGUUCGAGGGGACGGAGCGCGAGAUCGUGAUGCAGGAAACCGUCAUGACGCGCUUCGGGGUCGACAGGGUGCUCAAGUACGCGUUCGAUCUCGCGCAGAGCCGGCCGCGGAGAAAGCUCACGAGCGCGACGAAGAGCAAUGGUAUUUCGACGACCAUGCCGUGGUGGGACUCGCGCGUGCGCGAGAUGGCUAGGAAUUACCCCGAUGUCAGCGUCGAUAAAUACCAUAUUGAUAUCCUGACGGCGCACUUUGUGCAGAGGCCGAAUAUCUUCGACGUCGUGGUCGGGAGCAAUCUCUUCGGCGACAUCCUCUCCGACCUCGGCCCGGCUUGUACCGGAACCAUUGGGAUCGCUCCGUCGGCGAACGUCAACCCCGAGGGGAAAUUUCCAAGUCUAUUUGAGCCCGUGCAUGGCAGCGCGCCGGAUAUUGCUGGGAAGGGUGUCGCUAAUCCAGUUGGUAUGAUUUGGGCGGGUCAGAUGCUGCUUCAUCAUUUCGGCCAUACCGAGGCCGCUGCGACGCUUUUACAGGCAAUGGAAAACGUUCUUGGACGAUCCGACCCGGAAGUAUUGACUGCGGAUAUGGGAGGCAAGGGGAUGACGAAGGCCCUUGGUGAGGCUAUCGUUGGUGAGAUUCGAGGACUCCGGAAGUAGAUUGGAUGAACGAUUAGCCUUGAUAGGGCAGUAUCGUGGGCUAUGAUGUCUGUUCUAUUUAACCCCCCCGGUAAGCGUAGAUGAGAAGGCCUUUCCUGCAUCUGAACAGUUUAUAUGAGGGAUCGUGUUUGCACAUUGGAUAGAUGAUACAGUUGUAAUGAUCUAUGAUGUGCUUCAAUCUACAUUGUCUUGGCAUGGCUUAUGGAGGAUCAGACUGGUACAUAUCCGGGAGUCUAUUUAAUUCCUAUUAGCUUAUUCCCUCGUUGUAGCCGUUUUCCAACUCAAUUUAUGUGUCGGAUCUGUGAGUUAGCUAUUGUGAUCUGCUUACGACAUCGGCUUAGUUGAGAUUCACUCUUGUCGACUGUCUGUGCUCAUCACUCCCAUAAGCCAACCACUAGCGUAGGACUCACUUUUUCAUACCUACACUGUAAUCUAUCGAAGAUUGGAUUUUCAGGCGCUUGCUACAAUUUGC